AUGUCCCCAGACCUUCCCAAUCCUGUCUUCAUUGACUGCCACCUGGACUUGAGCCAGUGUUCCCUCUGCUGGUUGGAGGUCAAUGCGAAGAGGCUGCUGGCAGGACUGCGGGCUUUCCAUUUGGGGGGCGUGACAGACAAGGCUGAUGCAGGCGCUGUGAAGCCGAGGAGUGUCUGUCCAGGGCCCGCCCUGGGUGUGGAUGCAGUGGCCUUUGUAUGGUGUGAGGAAAGCAUCUCGGAACACUUCGCAGAGAAGACAAGGAACUUUGUCAGUCGAAGCCUUGCCAUAGGAGAAGUUUUGUCCACAGCGGACAUGGCCACAGCAGUAAAGUGUGGAAUAAUCUAUUGGCUGUUCGGUGGCGCAGUCAGGAACCUCGGAAGCCCAAGACAUAUAACCAAGUGGCUUCAGCCACUCCAGGAGCAGAAGUACACUGGGAUGUUUGCAAUGACUGAGAGAGGCCACGGCAGCAACGUGAAAAGGAUCCAGACCGAAGCUACCUUUGACCUCUCUGCACAGGAGUUUGUGAUCCACACACCGUGUGAAGAUGCCGUGAAGAUGUACAUUGGAAACGCCAUGCACGGGAACUAUGCCGCGGUCUUCGCCCAGCUCAUUGUGGAUGGCAGGUCUCAAGGGCCUCACUGUUUCAUCGUUCCUGUCCGCGACGAAAGUGGAAGCUUGUACCCAGGAGUGACUGCAAUUGACAUGAUGUACAAAGAGGGUUUGCAUGGUGUGGAUAAUGGGAUUUUAAUAUUUGACAAGGUUCGGAUACCAAGGGACAACCUGUUGGAUAAGUUCGGUUCACUGGCUCCAGGUGGGCAGUACUACUCCCCUAUUGAGGAUAAGAGUGCAAGAUUCAACGCGAUACUGGCAGCACUGACCCCUUCGAGAUUGGCGGUGACUUUCCAAGCUAUGGGUGCCAUGAAGCUUGGGCUGACGAUAGCCAUUCGCUACAGCCACAGCCGGAGACAGUUUGGACCCAAGGCCGAGGAGGAGGUCAAGAUUAUUGCACAUCAAACGCAGUCCCUUCGGCUGAUGCCUCAUCUGGCUACGACCUUGGCCCUGACUUUUGCCAGCAGAUAUGCUGGCGGCCUCCUGGACGAGGAUAUCUUCCAAGGGAAGGAGCUGGUGGACAGCCGCCCGCUGCAGGCGCUGGUGGCUGGGCUGAAGGCCUACAGUACCUGGGAGAACAUCCGCUGUCUGCAGGACUGCCGCGAGUGCACUGGCGGCAUGGUUGUGGUGCGGGAAUUGCUGGCUCAAUACACCAAACAGUGCCAAGAAAGACCACUUGCUAGCUGGCUUCGAAGCUGGGCUGAGUCUGGGGGCGACAACCUGAGAACCAGCUUCCUGGCAUUUACCGCGAACACAGUUGGUGCUCUCACCUUUCUGUUGAAAGCAGUGAAUUUUCGUGAAAGGGUUCUUCAGCGGGGUUUGGUGGCCAGAAUUUAUUAUAAGGUGGUGACCAAGAAGGAGGACUUCUUCGGGGCCUGGAACUCGUGUCUGCAUCAUGUCGCCUCCCUGUCUCUGGCACAUGUUCACAGAGUUACCUUGGAGCAGUUCUACUUGGCAGCGAGGCGCUGUCCUGAGCCAGAGCACCGGGCCCUGCUCAUGAAGUUUUGCCUGUUGUAUGGAACCAAGCUGGUGUUCCAGGAGCGAGCCUGGUAUCUCGAACAUAAAUAUUUGACUCCCGCGGCCAGCACAAGGAUUAGGAGUCAGUUGCUGGAUUUGUGUGACUCAGUGAAGGACGAUGCCCUGAGGGUGAUCUCCGCUUUUAACAUUCCGCACGCCUUCCUGCACGCGCCGAUUGCUGGGAUAGCCAACCCGCGGGCCACCUGGGCUUUCUAUCCCGCACCGCUGCGGCCCAAGCCGGCGGCCAAGUUAUAGCGGACGUGGUGGCGAGGUGGUGGCCCGCCCGCAGCUGCCACCAUGUCACUUCUCUGACUCCCGGAGCGGGGGCGGAGGCCCAGCUGGCGCUUGGAGCUGCGGAUCAAGGGUCCCGCCGAGGCUGGCGAGGCGCGCGCCAAGCUGUCUCGAACCGAGUGCGUGUGGCGUUGCGCCCUCGCCCUGUAACCCGCCCGCCUGCGCCAACUCUCCGGCUUCGGCGGGACCCCCUUCACAGAGGGGCUCCCUGCGAGCGCGCCCCACGGCCCCGUGCGACCCAAAGUCUCCGGCUGGCAGCGAUGACUCAGAUUCCCAGUGAUUGAAAAACCGUGGCGCCGGGUGAAAAAAAAAAAUCAAAGCACAGAAAUCAACCGCCCGCGGGCAGAAGUUCAGCCCCGCGAGCGACGCGGUUCCAGUGAGUCACAGCCUCCCGGCGCCGCGAGUAAGCGCUUGGCCGGACUGAGCCUGCAUCGGGAGUGGCUGGAGCAGGCUCGGGAAGACAUCGCGCGGGAAACGUUUGCAACACCGAGCGCGAUGUACUCCGUUCCCUCGCAGAGCGUGGACACCGGGGUUAAUAAAGAAACUAGGCAACGCGAAGGCGCUCUCGCGGCUUGCCGAGGGCGGGGAGGCGGGCCGGGGAAGACGCUGCA